AUGGCAACUGCCCGAAAAAUCCAAAACUCCAAAACUAAUAGCUUUACCUCCAUUUUGAAUCAGAUCCUGAAAAAAUACAACCUAUCUGUUGAAUCUGACCCAUCCCAAUUACGUGCACACGCCAAUGAGCUUGGCACUAUGUUAUCAGACUGGAAAGCUCGUAAAGAUGUGAAAGAGGCUCUUCGUCAGUGCCUAUUCAAAGGAAAUCAAAUAGAAGCUCUUGUACCAGACAAAAGGGGGAAGAAGCUUACUAUCAAGGAAAGAGCUCGGUAUUGUGCAACAACUGGAGAUGCGUGGGAUAUUUGGUUACAUACUUUAGACUUAGUUAUGCCAAAAAAUAAUACAGAUGAAGUGAUUGUGGCAGCUAGUUCUCGUGUUUCGCAAUUUCGUAGAGAGUUAGCAGAAGCUGGGGUUGAUUCCGAGCAAAUUGAUAUAUAUGCCAAAUUGCUAAAAGUUACUCGAGCUUCUAACGAAAUUCAAAAGAGGCAACUCGAAUAG